AUCCAUCAUACAUAUAUUACUCAUCAUCAAGAAUUCCUAUUUUCUCUCUGACAAAAAACACAGAGUAAGUAAGAAUGGUACAGACGAAGAAGUUCAGAGGUGUCAGGCAACGCCAUUGGGGUUCUUGGGUCGCUGAGAUUCGUCAUCCUCUCUUGAAACGGAGGAUUUGGCUGGGGACGUUUGAGACUGCGGAGGAGGCAGCAAGAGCCUACGACGAGGCGGCCGUUUUAAUGAGCGGUCGCAACGCCAAGACCAACUUUCCCCUCAACAACAACAACAAUACCGGAGACACAUCUGAGGGCAAAACAGACAUCUCGUCCUCCUCAUCAUCACUCUCUGCUAUCCUCAGCGCCAAACUGAGGAAAUGCUGCAAGUCUCCUUCUCCUUCACUCACCUGUCUCCGCCUUGAUACGGCCAGCUCCCACAUCGGCGUCUGGCAGAAACGCGCCGGUUCCAAGUCUGAUUCCAGCUGGGUCAUGACUGUGGAACUCGGUCCUGCGGGCUCCUCCCUGCAAGAGGCUACUAGUAAAGCUUCACAAGGCGAUGUUGCUCCGGCCACUGAGGUUGGCGGCGCUGCCGGAGAAGAAGGAUUAAUGGACGAGGAAGAGAAGGUUGCUUUGCAAAUGAUAGAGGAGCUUCUCAAUACAAACUAA